UUUGUGGUUAUAUGACAGAAGGGAGAGGAUUUAUUUAUGACAACAGGUUUUGAAAUGUUGUUUGUCUUAUAUCCACAACCAGAAAUAUGUUGACUGAUUUGUUUAUGUGACAAUUUAUUCCUUUUAUUUUGUUGUUGUUGUGUGUGAUGUCUAGUAUUACAGAUAUAGUUACAUAAAUAAAAAAUGUUUUAUCCUGCUUAAACUGCCGAUCCCCAGCCGCUCUAAUGGCGUCUGACGUAGAAGCAACUUGUGAAAACGACCCAAAUUUUGCAGUUAUUUGUGCUUUUCUGGAGAAAUUCGGUACUCAGUGCGGAUUACCAAGAGCAGAUUUCCUUGAAUUGCAAGGAAUGCUUGAAGAUACGGAUGAAGUACAUCCUGAUUUGGUGAAUUUAUUUCUGAAAUUGUUGAGGAGAGUGAAAAAAACCGUAAAACCUGAUAAAUGGGAGAAAAGUCUUGUUGCUGUAUGUCACAACUUUAGUUCACAGGAUGCUUGGGAGAUUGAGCGCUUUGGUUAUAAAAAAGCGAAGCUCACAUCGAAAGUCAGGGUUCUUAAGGAACUUCUUGAAAUGCAGUUUGAUUACCAUGUGAAAUUUAAAAACGAAGUAAAUAGAUUGACUGCUGAUGAUUUACGAUCCAAACCUUUAGGGCAUGAUAAAGAAGGGCAUCUCUACUGGUUUCAUAGCGAUGAUAAUUAUCAAAUCAGGGUAUAUAAAGAAGACUUGGAUGAAGAAUCUUGGACUUUGAUUGCCAAAGAUAGAGAAGGUCUGGUUUCACUCAUUGACAACUUAAGUAAUGGAGAGGAGAAAUAUAAAGUGGGUGCAUCAAACGAAGAAAGUAAAUCUCUGGAAAAUCCUGUUAUAGAUACAGGCCAAAAAGAGAGUACUGAGCAAGAGACGACUGAGGAAAAAGAUAGCGUUAGUACACCGAGUUUACUGAAGGAAAAUGAAAAAUCUGUGAAAGAAGACACCAUUGAGACUGCAGAAACACCAAAACCUAAGUUGAGGAUAAAAAAUAUCUGUGAAUUGAUAGAUACAAGCAAGAAGAGGCCUAGAUUUGAAGACGAUAACGAACCUACAGAAAAAUUCUUGAAAAUAAAAAUCGAUCAACUUGAGAUGAAGCAGACAAUAGAAAAACCUACGAUGAAAUCAAAUAUAGAAAAUAGUGAUAGUCCGAUCGUUGGGGAAGUGAUUGAAGAAAAGGUUUUGUAUGUUCAAGGUGAAGGUAACGGUUUUGAUUGCCAGACAGGAAAUGAAGAGAGGGCUAAAACAAAUGAGGAGGACAAGACUUGUAACGAUUCCCAAAAUGACAGUAUUAAUAGUGUAGGUGACUUUGACGACUCUAACAAGAAAUGUAGUCAGAGGUUAGGUAAAGGUAUCACCGUAACUGAAGGUGACAGUUUAGUUUCUAACCCUUCUUCUAUUGAUUGUGAUCAAAUCUCUGAGAAGUCAGUAUCUUCAUCUCUUGCAGUAGACUCUAGUAAGAUGAGUCAAGCUCCAGCUGUGGAUGUAGGAAAUAUAGAUGGGAUUGAAGGAUCUAACACCUGUGGUGAAGGCAGGAGCAGAAGGAAAAGUAUAGAAGAUACAGGAGAAGCAAGUUCACCUUCGAAUAGCAUCGAUGAAAAUGAUUCCAGUGAACAGAAACAAUCGGGGUGCAAACAAAUGAAUGAUAGUGUAAAAAUGGUGCUUCAUAAUAAUAAUUCAACAAAAAAUGAUAUUGCAGAUGGUGGCGAUUCACCAAUUCACGAAAAAGAAUCGCUUCAUUCAGUUCCUGUUGUUGAAAAACCCUGCGUCAAGAGAGUAGCUUACACGUGCGGCACGAAGGAAAGUCACGAUGAAACUGUUUCAGAAACUCCAUCGAAUAGUCCGGAUGACGAGGAGAAAAGCACGAAAAUCACAGCAGAACGUGAAAACAGCGGCAACACCGACGCGACUGCUGACAAACCGGAAGGACCCGAGAAUCUCCGUGGCUCAACUCGUACAGCGAUCAGUGUGGAGGAGAACGAUUCCAAAUCUGACAGAUUCGAUGAAACUCCCAACUCGAACAAAAGAGAAGAAUGCGUUGAGGAGCACGAAAAGGAAACCGAAGUGAACGAUGUGGUGCCUAAAAUGUCGUUAAGGUCAGUGAGAAAUAAGAAGUUAACAAACGUUUCUGUUUCACAGACACCACAGUCUCCUACAGGUACUUCGUUAACGGAAAAACCUGGCGUAGAAAAAGAUAUAGUUUCAACGGAAGUGAUCUACGUCAAAGGCAGACGUUGUCGUCAGAAAAAAGAUCGGGAGGUAACUCCACCUGUUGGGGCCUCUAAGAAACCGAAGUUGGCGGUGACAACCGACAAAGAUAAAGAGGGUCUAACCAAAUGUUCUGAAAAAAUUCAGGACACGAAGCCCGGAAAAGGCGUGUCAAGUCCUAAUUCUGUAGUGUCGUCUCCAAGAUCAAAUGCGGAUUCUAUUAUAACAUUCGGUGGAUCAGUAGAUAGCAACAGUUUGGAGGCACCCGAAAAGGAUCCGCUGGCCGAAUCAGAUCAAGAGGAAGUUCCUCCGAAGCCGAUUAAUUUGCAGACAUUUUCAUUUGAUUACAAUGAUUCAUCGACACCGCCUCCCAUUCCGGUCAUUCCUUCUACAAGACUGUUGAGGAAAAGAGAUAGAGAAGUGAGCCCUUCGCCAAAGUCUUUGCCGGAAAAUGAAGGAAAGCGAAGAAAAGUUAAGGGAAAGCGACAGAUGGAUCCGAAGUUACGCAAAAGUAUUGAACAACAGAAAGAACAGCAGGUGAGCAGUAGCGAUGACGAUUCAGUUAUCAUUUUGAAUGAAGACGGCGAAACGGAGAAGCCAAUUUUGAGGCCGAAGAGAAAAAAAGGAGCAAUCGUGAGGAAGAAGGAUGCAACGAAGAACAAAAUAAGCGAUGAUGAUUCCACUAACAAAAGUUCUCCCAAAUCCAAAUAUCCAGUUAAAAUAAAGAAAAAGAGCAGUGAAAUUGUAAGACAUCCAGAAAAUAAAAACAAACGACUACUAGCAGGAUUGGAUGUGACUGAGAUACAGUUGAACAGUGUAAGGCAAUCAAGACGAUUAGCACAAAUAAAGAUUAAAGAACAGGCAGAACAUAAAAAACCGGAAACGAAACCGAAAGAAGAAAAGAAGGAAAAGAAAAAAGAAAAGGUCACAAAAAAAUCCAAGAAAGACAUCAUAGUUUUAUCUUCUGAAACAGAACAAGAUCCCGAUGAAACUAAAAAAAAGAGAAAAAAGAUGAAAGCACCCAAUAAAAUAUUUGACGAAUUCCGACCCUGGAAAUCAAGUAGUGAAUCCAGUGAGGAAGACGGAGAAGAAGUGGAAGAUGAAGAGGAAGUUAUAGAAGAAGAGCCACCAUUGGAAUUUAAGUCGGAUCACGAAUUCUCGCCAGAAAGUGAUUUGAACUCGGCUGAUGAAUAUCAACCGCCAAAAAGAGCAAGGACGGCUAGAAAAAAAUAUGACGAAGAUUCCAAAGAAAACGAAAAAGAAGAGGAAGAUUUUCCGUGUCAGAAGUGUGCCAAAUCUGAUAACCCGGAAGUGAUAUUGCUCUGUGAUAAAUGUGACAAUGGUUGGCAUUGUUCCUGUUUGCAUCCACCUCUGCUCAGCAUUCCAGAGGGUGAAUGGUUUUGUCCACCCUGUCAACACGUCUUACUCGUUGAGAAUCUACACACAAAACUUCUAGAGUAUGACAAAAAAUUAACCAAAAAAGGGAUUGAAGAUAGACGUAAAGAACGGCUUGCUUACGUAGGUAUCAGUCUGAACAAUGUAUUACCGUCCCGGGAGAAGGAACAACAUAAAGGUAAAAGGAGGAGUUCUGCAGAUAAUAGAGAAUCGAGUUCUGCGGCCUCGGAAUCCUCGGUUUCUGAAUCAGAAAGUAGCAGCGAUGAUGAGCCUAUCUAUCAGUUGCGGCAACGACGACAGGCCAGGAGCUAUAAGUUCAACGAGUAUGACGAGCUCAUCAAAUCCGCUAUUCAGGACGAGCUGAACGAGAAACAGGGAAUAGCUAUGCAUCAUCGUGGUAAAGAUAUGGCAACGAUUGUUGAGGCAGAAAUAGAAGCCAGAAACAAGACAGAACCUUCCAAAAUAGAAGAGGAUGAGCCUUCACUUGCAGCAAAUGCUGAAAAUAUAGUGGAAACAAAAUCUGAAAAAGACAUUUCCAUUAAGCAACGUAGUAAAACAAGUCUCAAAGUUAGGAAAAAGGGCAGAAAAAUGUGCAAUUUGGAUUUAAGUAGUGAAGAAGAUGACGAGAAAGAUGAAGAUUUCAAAGGCAGCAGUUCUAGUUCAGAAGAAGAUGAAGAAUUAGAAGAUGAAUCCGAAGACAGUGAUGAGUCUAUGCUUGGAGGUAGAAGAAGAAACUUGCGACCACUUCGAAGAUCUACGCGUGCAAGAGUAUCUCGAUUUGGGGACAAGUUUGUUGAUGACGAUGAAGAAGAUGACAUUCCAAAAAAGAAGAAAAAGGCACGAUAUUCGAGCGAAUCUGAUUCCUCGGAAGGCGACAGUUCGUGGGGGAGGAAAAAGAAGAAAGGAAGAUCUGAUUUUGCCAAGAAACGAGAAUACAAAAAGAAAAAAAAUAGAAUACUCGAUGAAUUGUCUGACCUGGAAAUAACUAAGAAGAAAAAAUCCAGAAUCAAAUAUGGCGGAUUGACUUCAAGCGACGAGGAAAUGGGACGAGGUAGGAGAACUAGAGGAAAAAAAACUACCUAUGUAGAUACCCUUGGAUCAGAUAGUGAAGACGCGCCCAGGAAAAGAAAUUCCCGGAAAUUGAAUAGUGAUAAUGACGAUGAUGAAGAUUUCGUAGCCUUUGAAGAUGAAAAAGAUAGUGAAGAAGAACCAGAAGACCAGUUGGAGGAUGAUGAAUGUGAUGAACAGAAAAAACCUGAGUGUUCUGAAAGAAGGGCCUUGAUCGUUCCAAAGAUCUACAUUAAAAAACCGCCCGUGUCGAAAGAUAUUGAAAGGAAUAGGGAAAAUAAUGUCGUUAGCGAAGUGAAAGAACUAUCCAAUAACAAACAAAAUGGCAACUUUCAUGAAAAUGAAAAGGUAUCAAAAGAUGAACCGACGAAUUGGAAAGAUGAACAGGUAAUCAGUAAAAACCUUCCCGAGACUGGUAAGAUAACUGUUGAGCAGAUGAAAUCUUCCCUCGAAUCGAACUCAACUGAAAAAGUGACAACCCUUCAAAGAGUAGAGACUGCAAAAGAACAGGUACCACUCCCUCUGAAAUCUAAGCGACCUUCUAAUGACUGCGACGCUGAAAAUCUACAUAUCGAGACUAACAAGAAUUUGGAAAAACAAAAUUCAGCUGAAAAAGUUGUAAAACAAGAACAACCGCUACAAGUGGCGCCAAUAGGAACUGAAAAAGUGCCCGAAAAAGUCGUUCAGGAGAAAGAGACGCCGGAGAUACAAGUUAUUCCUAAGAUACAGUUGAAACCAGUGAUGGAAGAGAGGAAACCAGCGAUCAGGUUUUCACAUGGUAAUUUGGACCACCAACCCAUUAUUAGUAAUGUGAAAAACAUGAUAAGAAAUGAUGAUAGUAAUGACGAAUUAUCGGAGCCACCGAUGGGGGUUGCUCUGCCUAUUUUCGAAGAAUUAUCUUCCAGAGGCAUUGAACUCACUAGGAAAAAGAAAGAAAAAGGUAAAGGCAAAAAAUCUCUUGAAGAAGCUGUUGCUGACUUAGGCGGAAAAAAGAAAUCCCACCUGGAUUCAUCGCGAAGUGAAAAAAAUGAAAAUUGUAAUAUAGAAAUAGCAACUCCACCUCAACCGUUUUCACAAUCUGCUCCAACGCCUUCUGUCAUCACGAGGAUGUUGCAGACCAAGCCUGGUCAGACUACUAAUUACCCUAUAGGAUCGAUCAGACCCAAACAGUUUGCUACAAUGCCAGAUGAUGACGACGAAUCACCCAGCAGUAGGUCAAGAGAUGACUCUUCUCUUGUGGACCAACCUCCAAUGAACGAUUCUUCUGCAGGACAAUACAUGCUAGGUGGAUCUAAACAUUCUAUGGGGGCAUCCUAUAGGCCCAUGUAUAUUAACCAAUACCCUAGAGGAAUAUUACCACAUCAGAUGCGACCCCCGCCCUCUCCAGACAUACCAACACGCCAGAUACAUAUGCUGCCUCCUACUACAAGAACGUCAGCAGUAAGCAAUUAUCUCACCGCACCCAACACAACACCUUCUCCGACUACUUACUACGAGGGCUACCCUUCUGAACCAGUGAGUAACGAAGGAAGCAUUUCCUCGACAGUUUAUGAGAAUUCUCAGUAUUCUGAAUCCUAUGAGAAUGAAGUUGAUGCUGAUCCGCCAACAACUACUGAAAAUACCAGCAAAUCUUAUGGGGAAGAAUCUGGAGGAGAGUUUGGAGGACUGGUCUCUUAUUUUUCCAGUCAGCACGAGGAUGACAUGGAGUCCUAGUUGGAUAAAUGAUUUCAAAUGCAACUGAACUGGGGGAGAUUGAACGAACUAGUGUUUGUGAACGUAUUAAUUGUGAUGAUUUUUGCCAGGCAGAUCUAUUUUUCGGUGAAUGACAGUCAACAGAUAAUAAAAAAUAGUUUAUGUGUG